AUGAUAUCACAACAAUCAAAAAAGAAGAAUAACAACUUGUAUAAACAUAGUAGCGGUAUUAUAAUACUAUGUUGCUGUUUUGUAUUGAUAUCAGUAUUAAAUGUAGUAUCAUGUGAACAUCAACCAAAACAACAACAACAACAACAACAUAAAAGUAUCUACAAGAAUCACCCAGAUUUAUUAGUUACGACUAAUGAUGAUAGCAAUAAUAAUAAUAAUAAUAAUAAUAAUAUAGUAGGAGGAGGAGGAGGAGAAAAGAAUAAAGAAAACUUUAAAUCUAGUUCAUUGUGUAAGAACUUUCCUGACCUAUGUCAAGAUAAAACUAAAGAUACUACGACGGCCACCAACGUCCAAGAGGUGGUCAAUGAACAGGAUAAGAAUCACAAUGACGAUGAAAUAGUUUCGUCGUCCAAUCAAUACGAUACAAUAAUUCAAUACACUAUAGAAUUACUCGAAAGGAUUGUUAUUGUAGUAUUGAUGGUUGUAACACUACGAAAUAGUUUUAGUGGUUUUGUAACUACUGACAAGAAAUCACGUGAAUCUCAAGAUACUUUGGUCAAAGAACUCAAACUACAAAAGCAACAUCUACCAACGACCAAAAGAGUCUUGUUGGAUGAUCUCUUAACAUUAUUGGAUCAAUCAAAUUUUAGAAUGUUGGAAAAGACUUUAGAUAUUUAUAAAAAACAACAAUCAUCAUCUCAUAAUAAUAAUAAUAAUAAUAAUAAUAAUAAUAAUAAUAAUAAUAAUAAUAAUAAUAAUAAUAAUAAUAAUAAUAAUAAUAAUAAUAAGGAAGAGGAAGAAGAAGAAGAAAAAAGAGUAAUUAAUCAAUGUCAAAAAGUAGUUGAUAUAUACAACAAAAAUAUGGAAUUGAUGGAUCAAUAUGGUGAAAUGAAAAAAGGAAAUCUAGUUGAAAUUGAUACUCUAUUAUCAGAUUCAAAAUCAUUAUUGGAUGAAAUGGAUGAUUUUAAAGAAAUAUUUAAAGAGAAUUGUAAAGAAUUAAAAUUACAAUAUAAUCAAUUGGAAAAAGAACAACAAGUCAUUUCAAAAUUAAAAUUAUUUAUGUAUUCUAUUCAAGGUGGUGAUAAUAAUAAUACUAGUAAUUUAUUAUUGGAUCAAGAUUCUGAUCAAGAUGAUGAAUCAUCUACCUCUACCUCUUCGACUCCUACAACUAUGACAGUUUUCACAAUGGAUCAAUUUAAAGAGACUAUAGGAUUACUUGAAAAUUAUAAAAAAUAUUCAAAUCCUCAAUUGGUUAAUUUAGUAAUAGAAUGUCAAAAUACAACAAUGGAUUAUUUUAAUAGUAGUAAUAAUAAUAAUGAUGAAAAUCAAUUAUCAUCAUUAUUGAUAAAGAGUAAAUCAAAACAAGAUAUUUUAGAAGAAGAAGAAGAAAUUGAAGAAAUUAAAAGAGAUAAUCAACCUACUACAUCUUCAUCUUCAUCCUCUACUACUUCAACAUCAAAAAGAAAUUCAAUUGAUCAAUUAAUAUUAUUAAAACAAAUUAAAAGUAUUGAUGAAUGGAAAAGAUAUAGUUGGAGCUUUCUAGACAACCAAAGACAGCAUAUAGAAAAACUACAACAAAAACAACGAUUGCACCUUGAACAACAAAAACAAAACGAAGAAUUGGAAUUGAAAAAGAUGGCACACGAUCGACAACUAGCCAAUGAAGAUUAUCAACGUAAAAGAGAUGAAAUUGAAAAAGAAAUCAAAAAGACACAAGAGAGAUUAGAAAAUGAAAGGUUACAAUCACAUUUCUAUGCACUUGUUAGAGUUUGUUUGGCAAUCUAUAUAUUGAUAUCUGGGUUUAAAACAAUUCAUAUAGUUACUGCACCAUUUAUCAAUGUUUACAAAUAUUGUAUGGUAAUGCCAACUUUUUCAAUCUCUACUUUUUUAUUUGGUGGCAAUAGUGGCAGCAAAAAUAGACAAAUUAAUCAAUUUGAUUAUUGUUCAAUUCAUUCAAUCCUUACAGUAUUUUAUAAUUUGGCAAUGGCAAUUAUUAUAUUCCUACUGUCAUUGGUAUCAAAUAACAACAAACUAGUAAACCUAGUUAUACUACCAGUAUUUUUAACAACUGGACUUGAAGAAGAAGAAAGAAUGAAUCAAUUAAAUAGAUUAUUUACAAAGAAUUGUAGUUUGGUUGUACAAAAUGUUACAAACACAACAACAUUAUAUAAUAGUUCAAGACAUUCAAUGAUGUUAUUUGGCAAUAGUAGUAGUAGAUCAUAUAUAAAGACAACAAAUAGAUUGGCAGCAUUGACAGCAGAUGCAGCACCAGCAGCACCAUCAACAGCAACAACACCUAUUCCACAAUCAACCAUGUCAUCAACAACUAGCAGUUCUAAAUUGUUCUCGGAAGCCUUUAAAAAGGAGGAAGAGACUAGAGUCGUAUCGAAAAAGGAAGCCAAAAGGCAGCUGAAAAGGCAAAGCAAGUGGAAGAUGAUGCCAUUGUUUCGUGCCAUCACCGGUCUCUCUUACCGUGAAGCUAUUGCUCAAUUAACCUUUGCAAACAUUGGCCCCGCCAAAGAAAUCAGAGGUUUGGUAACUAGUGCUAGAUACAAUGCUGAAUAUUAUAAAAAUUUGAAUCCUGAUAGAUUAAUUGUUUCACAAGUAUGGAUGGGUAGAUCACAUUAUCAAAAAUCAUUAGAAGUAAAGGGUAGAGGUAGAACUGGUGUUCGUUCCAAACCAUUCACUCAUGUAACUGUCGAAGUAAAGGAAAUCGAACAAUCAGACAAUGAAAAGAAGUUGGGUAAAUUUGGUAAGAAACAUUCUACUAUUGAACGUUACAAUAAUCCAUUGGUUUAUUAA